UAUCGUCCGUAUCGCGACUGGUUUUUAAAAUUCAUCCAUGAACGUGAGGGCUUAUCGGAUUCCCAAAGAUUAGAUUUUCUGACGAGAACGUUGACGGGAGAACCCUACAUAAUGAUUAACGCGUUUAAAACGACUGACGAGAAUUACGCUGUAGCAUGGAAAUUACUGGAGUCUACAUACAAUAUCGAAUAUGUUCUGAUUUUCCGCCACUGUGAUCUCCUCUACGACACCCCAGCAAUGAAAAAUAGUUCCCCCGAAGAAAUUCGCAAGCUGGUCAACAGCUUACAAACACAUAUUCUCGCCAUGAAGGCACUUGGAGAGCCAGUGGAAAACUGGAACACGCUCAUUUCUCACAUUAUCAUGAGAAGAAUGGACACGGAGACUGAAAGAGAAUGGAACAGAUCCAAACAGGGAAAUAGAAUCCCAAAUUAUGAAGAUCUGUUGAGCUUCCUCCGAGAACAGGCCAUCCAUCUCACCUCGUCCAGGAUCUCCAGAACGAACCAGACCCAUAGUUCCAGUGGCUCACAAAAUAAGCAAAAAAGAGGAAACCACGGAAACAGAAUACAGACACUGCUCACUGGGACAGAGCUGAAAAAUUGCCCAAACUGCAACGAGCAACACUCAUUAGAAAGCUGCGAAAAAUUCCUUGCGCUGAGUGUCCCAGCUCGAAUCGAUGCAGCCCGUGAAGCAAAAUUAUGUCUCAAUUGUUUCCGCGGGAAUCACAGGACUCGUUUUUGCAAAGCAGAUAAGUGUAGCAUCUGCAAAAAAUCACACAACGCCCUACUGCACCUGCAGGGUGAUGAUCUGAAAAAUUUCCGGACCUCAUCGGCAUGACAAGAACCGAUAGUUGCCUCGGAUACACCUGCGGCGACCGUUCUCAUUGCAUCCCUUCCUAAUAGAGAUGCGAUCGUCACCGCAGUGAUCACGGUGCUCGACGCUGCGAAAAAACCCAUCCGUUGUCGUGCCAUUCUAGAUACUGGGUCAAGUUCGAACUUUAUGACAGAGAGCUUCGCAAACCUAUUGAAAUUGCCCUUAGAAAAGCUCAAACUGUCCAUCGAAGCUAUGACCAAUUGCGAUUCUUCAACCAAUCAUCUGGUUACGACAACGAUCAACUCAAGAUUAAAUGGAUAUGCCAGGACGCUCAAUUUUUUGACCGUCCCAAAUAUUGGUAAUUUAUUCCCCAUGCAGCCUAUCAACCGCAGUGACCUCAACAUUCCCAAGCACCUCAAAUUAGCAGAUCCAGCCUUCGAUCGACCUGCACCCGUUGACAUCCUCCUAAGUGUUGGAAUCACACUCGCCUCCAUCUGUCAAGGUCAAAUCCAAUUGAACGACCCCGGGGAGCCAGACAUGAUUCUACAGGAAACUCGUUUUGGAUGGAUCAUCGGCGGAAGUGCCCUAGCGAAAAAAUCAUUCACCAGAAAGAGUCCAGUGCAAUCGUGCAUUACUUCCAUCGACACUGAGCUAAAAAACUUCUGGACAAUGGAUGAUUUCAACACUUCCGUGCAUCUGUCGAAGGAGGAGCAAGCCUGUGAGGACCACUUCAAGGAAAAUACGACACGUGACGCAACGGGGAGAUAUACAGUGGCCUUACCAUUUAACGGGAAGGAGUCGCAAUUGGGAAACUCUCGCGAGAUCGCGAAAAAACGGUUCAGAUCGUUGAUGAGGAAAUUCCAGCGCAAUCCAGAGUUGCAAAAACAGUAUUCUGCAGUGAUGCAAGAGUACAUCGACCUGGGCCAUAUGUCGGAAAUACCUCAAAACAUUGAAGACGAGAACUGUUUUUACCUGCCUCAUCAUGCCGUCGUAAAGGAGACCAGCCUCACGACCAAGGUUCGAGUCGUAUUCGAUGGGUCCGCUAAAGGGGAGAAUCAUCUCUCACUCAAUGACACUCUCAUGGUUGGACCCACGAUACAAGAAGACAUUUUUUCGCUCCUUGCUCGUUUUUGCACGCACCAGUACGUCAUCACCGCCGACAUUGAAAAAAUGUAUCGGCAAUUCUGGAUUCGUGCAGAGGAUCGACGGUAUCAACGGAUUUGGUGGACGGAUCAAGAUGGAAAUGAGAAGGUGUUCCAAUUGAACACCGUUACCUUUGGCCUUUCUUCAGCUCCUUAUCUAGCCAUCCGAUGCGUCCAUCAAUUGGCCGAUGAUGAGUGCCAGGAAUUUCCAAAUGCAUCAAGAAUCCUCAAGCGCGAUUUCUAUGUAGAUGACUUACUAUCAGGAGCUGAUUCGUUCGAGGAAGCGUUACAACUGCGAGACGAAAUCACCGCAUUACUCCAGAAGGGACAGCUAAAUCUACGGCAAUGGGCCUCCAACGAUCCUCGUCUUCUACAGGGAUUACCUCAAGACAGCGUUAAUUUAAAAUUGAAUAUGUCUCACGACUCAACAGUAAAAACACUAGGCCUACAUUGGGACUCAUCGCGUGACGUAAUCGUCUAUACGAUCAAACCGAUCCCCCUCACUGGAAAGAUCACAAAGCGAAUUAUAUUAUCGGAGGUGUCCAAAAUUUUUGAUCCUCUUGGAUUCCUUGGCCCUGUGAUUAUCAAGGGGAGGAUGAUUCUACAUCGGUUAUGGAUCGAAAAACUGGGUUGGGACGAUUCCAUUCCGCUGAGCAUCCUUACCGAAUGGAAAAAUUAUACAUCUCAACUGCCCCAGCUAAACAAUGCGUCUUUUGAUCGGAAGGUCAUUAUUUCUGAAGCUAGAGACAUCCAACUACACGGUAAACGAGCACAUAACCAACUAUCACGCGGGAGCUCAAACCACCCUGUAUGCCUUGCGGAGAAGGUAUUGGCUGGUGGAUGGACGACAUCAAGUACGGAGGAUCAUCAAGAACUGCACAGUUUGCGUCAAGGCUGAUCCACCGAGGAGUGAAUACAUAAUGAGUGAUCUCCCAAGAUCUAGAGUCACCGAAGCCAAACCCUUUAGUAAUGUCGGCGUGGAUUAUUGCGGCCCCUUCUUCAUUAAGGAGAAAAAAUUCCGCAACAGGAACCGCGUGAAAGUAUGGGUCGCGGUAUUCGUAUGCCUGGUGGUCAAGGCCGUCCAUUUGGAGGUCGUGACUGAUCUCACCACCGAGGGCUUCAUCGCAGCCCUUAAACGAUUCAUCGCUCGUCGAGGAAAACCUGUCCACAUUUACUCCGACAACGGCACCAAUUUCCUCGGAGCCAGCAACGAACUCAAAGAACUAUAUUCAUUUAUCCAGUCCAAGAAAUAUAAUGACGAGAUCCAUCAGCAUCUCACUGCUCAGAACAUCACCUGGCACUUCAUUCCCCCUUUAUCACCUCACUUCGG